AUGAGAAGUAUAACAGGAGUGAUAUUGAUUCUUUUGUUAAAUUAGAGUGUUUUUUGCAGUCCAAAGAAAAUCAACACAGAUUUUUUAAAUUUGUUGAGUUCUAAAACAAACGUGAUGAGUUCUUAGGAUGCAAUUCAAUCUGUUUUAAUUCUUUUAGAAGAUUUAUAAGGAGCAAAUGUAGAAGCUUAAGAUAAGGCAGAUUUAACAUUUUAGAGAUUUGAGAAUGCUAUUUUAAAGGAUAUUAAUGAGUUUUCAGGAAUAGUGAAUGUGAAUUCAAAGAGUGCAGCAGCUGCUCAAUAAGAUUUAGAAGCUGUAGAGUAAAGAUUUUAUAUGAUAAUUAAGUCUUAAGAUUUAACAAACAACAGAUUAUUUGAAUUGGAAUAAUAAGAGAUAUAAGGGAAACGAAGUAAAAUUAGAGAAUUUAGCAGAGUAUAAUAGUAAUUAAAAAUAAUUAGAUAACGUUGUGAAGCUAAUGCAUUAUUUAUUGAUACAUUAAGAGAAUAUAAAAAUGCACUUUCGGUAUUGGAUUGGGUUAGAAGUGAUGCAUAAAGCAAAUAAACAAAUUUAGUAGAGAAAAAUCAUAUAGGUGAUUAUGCUGAGAAAUUAAGCAAAUAUGCAAAUUUAUUUGAAGAGUAAGCAGUAUAAGAUUUUGUGAAAUUGGGUGAUGAUGAAAGUUCAUUUUCUUAAUCAAGUAAUAUUAUAUAUCUAUUGAAGGAAAGAGAGAUAAUGGAGAAUAAUUAGUAUAAUUGAUGACAAAAGAUGUAGUAGGUGUAAUUUAAUAGUUAAUAGAGAAAUUGAGAGAGACUGUAAAGGGAUUGGAAGAGUAGGAGAUUUAAUCAGCUAAUGAUUUUGCAGAUUUUAAGACAAAUUUAUUGGCUGAAUAAGAAUCUUUAAAAUAAGAAUAUGAUGCAAAGGCUAAGUUCUUAAAUUCAUUACAAAAUGAUAAAGAAUUGGCAUCUGACAUAUUAAUAAAGAAGAAAGAGUUAUAAGAAUAAAGCAUGAGAAUUUUGAGUCUAACAUAAGGUAAUGAUUUGGAAUGAGAUGUAGAGGAGUACAAUUAUAAAAAGAAAUUGUAUAAUGAAGAGAAGGUAAAGAGACAUGAAGAGAACUAAUUGUUGGAGGAAUCUCUAUUGAUAUAUAGAGAAAAGAUAGCCACAGUUAAUGAAUAUUUAAAGAAGAGAGUGAAUGAAUAUGUUGGAGAUUCUUUGAUUGAAGAAAAUGUUGUAAGCAAAUAGCAAUCUAUUUCGUAAAGAAAAGGAUAAUGA